CUAUUAGAAAUUCAACUCAAACGUUGAUGAUUUCACCUGAGAUUGAAGAUAAUGCAAAUAAAGCUUACUUUGGGGCAACACAAAGGACACAUUUCUUUAAGAAUCAGAAUAGUUGCUCUAGUCCAGCAAUUUUCUCCCCUGAUGUUUAGAGAUGGGAUUAUUGAUCUUUCAGAAGGAUCGAGUCCGAAUCUAGGAGCUCCUGAUCUACAGCCCCUUAAUAAAAUCAAUCCUAGCCCAGGUCCUUUGUCUGAAAACAACUUGAACCAAGAAGAGCUUUCUUCCAAAGCCAAACAAGAGUAUUUAGCAAAACUAAGGAAGAAGAACAUCAAGGAGAUCUUUAAAUAAAAAUGUAAAGAAAGUAAUGAUCCUCAACUCUAUCAGAAGAGGUAAAGAAAUCAUAAUGCAAACAACAUCGGAAGAUGACAAGACAUUUCAUAAAGUACGAAAUCUCAUGAACAGGAGAAGUAAGGCUAAGAUCUCAAAGUUGAAGAAAACUAUUAAGAAGUCAGCUCACCUGGAUAUGGGAGAUCUGGAGAUGGUAAAAUUCCCCAGUUAUUUCAAACAUGUUGCGAACAAAUACCUCUCUUCAGAGUUUAAGUCAGCCACUAUUGAUAAGUCCAGGCUUGACUCGGUGAUAUCAAGAAGGUCUGGAAUGACUAAAAACCAGAGUAAACUCCCAAUGAUCAGGAGCACAGGCCAAGGUAUAAAAGCAGAGCCCAAGGUUAGAACUGUGUUUAGUGAAAUUAGAACAGUCGAGAACUCAUGGAAAACCCUGAAGUUAAAAUAACCCUUGCAGACCUGUUGAUGUCAUCAAGAAAAUAAUAUCCAAGACUAAAAGAGAGAAACAAAAGGAUAAGGAAUUUAAGAAUAAGCUUUUUGGUUCAACCAAACAGCAUCAAAUGUAUUACAAAAGUAGCAGGAAUAUCAACAAUAGUGACAGAGAGAAGUUCGAGGAGCUUGGCAAAGCAUAUAUGACCGAACAUUCAAGAUUCCACUACAAGAUAGAUGCCAUUGUGAACGAUGCUCAGAUCUAUAUCACUAACCUCAACGCAUAA